GGUAGGGGCGUCGAUCGUCUUCACAUUUUUUGUAACGUAAUGCCGCCUCCCCUUUUCAGCUCACUUUUGUAGGAAGUAGCAGCGUAAACUAAAGGCCGCGGGUAAUAGACGUGUAAGUGAGCCACGUAGGCAGGAACACCUUGUGUUGCUGAACGGGUUGGCGGCUUUGCGCUCUUUAGAAGUGUUCUCAACACGCUGCAAGCUGAUGCUAUUUUGUAUCGUACUUUUGUUUUGUAAACAAGGUUGACCAACAUGUCUGGAGACCCGGGAGGUGACGUGGAAAUUGAAAUAUCUGGGAAUAUUGCUGCUCCUGAGAAUUUUACAAGUUCCUCCAAGGAAGGACACAGGCCGUCGGUGAAGGCUGGCGUUGAGGAUAGUGGCCAAGCUGUCGGCCAGCGGCUCUCCCUUCUCCUCCUUGUCAUGGAAGUUGUCCAGAAAGGUCACCCAAAGUCCUCAGAAAAUCUUCAUCCACAUCAUCGUCACAGUUUUGUGAUGCAGCUCCCCAUGCAGUUACAGCUGGCAUCUCCAUCAGCACGAGAAUGGGUCAUGCUUCAGAGGGAAAAUGUCCGUCCCUGGACAGUAUUUUUCAGCACGCAGAAGUUCAGGCUACCACUUAAUGCCCAGAGAUGGAGUAAACGUAUGAUCAAGAAUGUUGAAUACUUCCAGUCAAACUACAUGUUUGUCUUCAUCGUUCUUAUUCUUUAUUGCCUGAUUACUUCUCCAUUGCUGUUACUAGCAAUUGCCGCCUCCCUUGGGGCAUGCUAUAUCCUGGCCCUUAAAAAUGCUGAGAAGAAAAUUGUAGUUGGAGGACAUAAAGUGUCCAUGGCUCAUCAGUAUGCUGUUAUUGGGGUCCUCUCCCUUCCUGUGUUCUACAUAGCAGGAGCUGGAGCUGCCCUUUUCUGGGUCUUAGGAGCCAGUCUGUUCAUCAUUGCCAUCCAUGCUUCAUUAUACAACAUUGAGAGUCUCCUUGGAUCAGAUGAGGAACUUUUUGACCUGCAAAUGGAACAGGUUUAAAUGGUAGUGGAUGCAUAUAUCUCAUCAAUAAAUUUCCCAAAGACAGGAUACAGCUUCAUGGAAAACAACAUGCAAGAUUAAGACUUUUCUCUACCGGAUAAUAUUUUGAUAUCCUAAAACUGUCAAAUAGAAGAAAACUUGAAAGACUUCACUUCUGCUUUGCUCUCUGUUGAUAGUAUUGUGAUGGCCAGUUAACCACCAGCUCCAGUGUGGAAACAAGUUCUUCACUUCUUGCAGAAAUUGCAUCAAAUUGGAUAACAUGGAGAAUGGAAGCAGUUGAAUAUGUAAUUGAGUGAUAUUGGCUACCUGGGCAGAAGUAACUGAAUAACAAUAUAUUGAUACAUUACUGCCAUUAUUUAUCUCCUUAUUGCCAUGAAGUGAACUUCUCUCCUGCCUUCAUUAGUUUAUUAAUUUCAAACUACUUAUCAAAACCAUAUAUUUUAUAUUUCUAUGUAGUUCAUGUCACUGAAGCAGUAUGUUCAGCAGCAAUAGAAUGAAUUUACUAUUAAGCAAUAGCACUGUGUGAGAUGCAUAGCAUUUGAUCCUAGUGUAAUGAAAGUGAAUGUUUGCAACAAUUAAGUUUUGAUUGUUUUUGCAACCAGAUGAAGAGAGUAGCUUUAAAAUUACCAUGAAGUUCUUCUAAAUCAUAUUUAUUUUCUUUCCUUAAUACAACAAGUUUGUAACUCAAAGUCUGAAUUUAUGUUGAUAAGAUGUUUUUAUUUUUUUCACAGAAUGCACAUUGCCUUAAAGAAACACUGUGCACGAAGCUCCAUUCUAUUCAUGUAGUGUGAGUUUAUGUGACAGGACAGUCACAGAAUAACAUGAUUUAGAUGAGCAGAAAUGGAAAAUAUUGUUUUUGUGUCCUAUAAUUUGUAUCUUUCAAGAAAGGCAAAGAUAUUACAGUAAAUUAAAUUUCAGAAAUUGUAUAGGAAGUAGGAAAAAUUAUCAUAAUAGUUUCUAAUAAGAUGGAGAAUUUUGUGAAUGUAUUUUUUAUAAGAAUUUGAUACUAAGCAUGUUUAUUUGCAAAAUGUGGACAUAUUCAACAGGACUAUCAAUAAUAAACUUAACUGUUAAGGAAGUACAUAUCAAGAAAUAGCUGUCAAUUGUCCUUUUGCAAAAUAAUUUCAUUGUCCUUUUGCAAAAUAAUUUCAGUAUGGAAGAAAAGGUUUCAGUGUCAAUCAUCAGGCAAGAUAAUCCUGUAUUAGCUCACACUUAUGACAGGACUUGCCAUCAUUCAAGUUAUCAGUGAGAUGGGUGAUUGCUUUAGUAAUAACUCUGAAUAUCAGUGCUUUAGCAUUUCAGGUAAGGAAUAUAACUGUGAUUCUGUUAAGUCUCAGAUUUUGUAUAGGAAUAGCUUUAUUCAAGAUGCAUAGUGCUUUUAAAAAAUAUGCACACUAUUAACUACAAAUAUAUUAUGAGCUGAAUAUGCUGAAGUGAUUCUUAUGGCACACCCAUCAUAAAGUAUUAUUAUUAAGGCAAGUGAGAAUUUGUAUUUAAUUUUGAACUCUGGAAAAUAGUGGAUGCAAUUGUGAAAAUAUGCAAAAGCAUUUUUGAAGGGAAUGUGUAAUUUUACUGGUAAUAUCUUCAUUGUCAUUAAAGGUACAGUACAUUCAUUAUAGAUCUGGGUGUUAUAUUUCUUUUAUAUGAAUAUCAAUCUUUUGUUUUAUUGUUUUGAAUAAAGAAGAUGAGAUUUUAUUAAAUAAAACCAAGAACUUA